UCGAUGCAGGCGCUGAGGAGAAGUUUGCAGUCUGCCAUCGCGAGGAGAUUUUUGUCUUCAAAUGAUCCUUCCCUUCCAUCCGUUCCUGAGAUCAAGGCAACGGCAGAGCAGAUCAGAGCGAGCGAGAGCAUGACAGGCAUGCAGGAUGUGCGACAAGAAGUGAACCGUGUGAUGGCGAACCCAGAGAUCAACGGUUGCCCGGUGCCUCUGGAUUUCUCGUCAGGCGGGAAGACGAAAGGAUACAGCAGGAAGUUUGCCGAAAACUGGGAUCAAAUAGUCAAGAAUUCAAAGAAGGAGAGAUAAAGCGCUCGAGGAGUUGCUGCUUUGCUGUACUGUGUUAUAAUUGCUGGGAGGUACGUGGGAACUUAAGAAGAGGGGAGAAAGAAGUUGCAGAAUCC